UGUGGUGAAAACGGUUUUACACCACACCACCGCGCUGCCAACUCUUUCUUAGAUAUGCUCUAGAAAUCCACCAAUAAUAUCGGAUGAAGUAAACAUAUUUGUUUAUCCGGGACAUGGCUGAUAAGGAUGCGGCGACCAGGAUUACCCCGCGCAGCUCCAAGUACAAAAACAAGCACAGGAAGCCGGAGCAGCAGGCUUCGCUCCUGGACUUCCUCGUCAUGCCGCGACCGAAAACACAGAGGCAACUCAAGGCCAGGAAACUGCAGAGGCCACAUUUGACCAUAAGGAGCAAUCACCUAGUGACCAAACCCAAGGGAAAAACGCGACUCGAUCCCAAAAAGAAGAUCACCAAGUUGAAGAAGUCCGUACGGAUCUAUCGCUCCUUGAAAAAGGAGAAACAGGAAGUUGAGGAGCAAGAGCCUGAAGAAGAUAUCCCACCGGAAGCUAUCCAGGUGGAGGAACAAGUCCAGAGGAUAACCCUCAUAGAAGAAAGCACAGAUAAAGACAGUCCACAGACAAAGGAAGUACACUCCAUACACUCCCGGCGUUUCAGAAGCUAUUGUGACAACUGCACUCGACCUCGGCUCAAGGAGUUGACCAUAAAGUUGCUCAAGGAUCUGGAUCGCUUCCACAAACGCGCCUUUGCCAAAAACGAAAUCAAGGCGCGGGCGCAUCCCCGCCUGGUUUUCGGUUUCCGAGAGGCUUCGGCCAGGUUGAGGAUCAGCAAGGUGAAACUGCUGAUCCUGGCCACCGAUUGUGAGAUCUGCCCGGGUGAAAGUGGCCUGGAUGAAACCAUAGAAGCCCUAAAAUUCCAGUGCCAGCAAGAAAAGGUGCCCUACUGCUUUCCUCUCGUCAGAAGGGAGCUUUCCUACGCCCUCCAAAAGCGGGCACAGAUCUCCUGCGUGGCCAUCCUGGACUUUGAUGGAGCCAAUGCCACAUUCACUGAUCUUCUCAGCGAAAUAGAGGACGCCCGCGAAGAGUACAAACGCAGGACUUCCUCGUGAGGUUUUAUUGAGUGAAAAAUACAGAAAUAAAAGUGCCAGAAGGUGCUGUAAGUACUGAAGAAAA